CGCAAUAAAUGGCGAAACAUUAAGCACAUCUGUUUCAAUGACUCCAGCACCUCAGCUGCUCCAAAGGCAGCAAGCCUCACACGGCCGCUCUCGCUUUGCCACUCCUGUUCGCCGGCUUAGGUUUGUUUCGAAUACGCAUGCGCUGCAUGCGUCUGACGGGCCUAGCCCCAGUGGCCGGCACUGUUCCGGUGACUCGCCAGCUCUGCAAGCGGACUUGCUCGAUGUAGGCGGAGCUGCAAAGCUCAUUACGGCAGCCGCUAUAGUAUGCCAUUUCGCAGUCAACACUAGUGCAGCUCGCGCUGAGGACCGGCCAUGGAAGCCUCGCCGGCACCAUCGGCGCUUGGGCGAGCGCUACACGGACGCGUGGGCCGAAGAGCUUGUCGAGGAGCAAGAGACAGCCCGUGAGAAGCGGCAAGAGGAGGCGAGGCUGGCUCGGCUACAAAUGACGCAGCAAAAAGAGGCGGACCUGAAGCGAAUCAGGGCGGAGGAGGAGGCCAUGAAGCGCAAGGCACAGGAGAUCAUUGUGAAGCAGCAGGAGGCGGCACGUGCCAACGGCCUGCCCUUCAAGCUGGUCAUCCGGGGUACCGACUUUGCGCCCGUGGUGGUGUGGUCCGUCAUCCUGGCGGCGCUAGCUGCAGCCUACCGCAGCCGCUUCGUGCAGUGGCUGCUGUCCGGCGGCAGCAAGCAGCCCACCGGCGGCAAGUGGGUGUACGACCGGUCCCUGGGAGGCCGCAAGGUUUGGGUGCCGGACAGCAACUCGUUCGACGGACCCACCACCGCCACUAGCAUGUCAGAGAAGGCCGGCCGCUCGCGCAUGGAUGAGGAUUUCGAGCGGCUGUCUUCGUUCGCGGCCGCGGCGCGCACCGGCGGGGACGCCUCCACCUCGGGCUCGGGGGUGGCGACAGGCACGCUGCCGACCUGGUGGGACGCGCCGCCGGUGCUGUACGCCUCAGCCUCGCGCAAGGCGGCCUGCGAGGCGGAGGCUGGCCGCAUUAUGUCGCGGCUGGAGAGCGCCAAGAACCGCGGCGAGGACUACUCGCUGGCAGAUAUACGCGCGCUGAGGAAGACGUGUCAGGAGGGCCACGUAAGCGUGAAGCCCAAGACGGUGGGCGGCCGCGACGCCAUCUUCCGGGCCGCUGUGGAGGCGGCGGUGGCGGCGGCGCAGGCUCGCAACUUCGAGUCGCUGGAUGAGGCUUCGCCGCCGCGCUUCGUCGCGGGCGUGGCGGCGGACCUGGGCAUGGAGGACGGCCGGGCGGUGGGCAUAGCGGUGGCGGUGGUGGCCAGUGCGGUGCGGGCGCGGCUGCUGGACGCCGUGACCAACAUGAAGCUCAGCCGCACUGACCCGGAGGCCAUGACGGAAGCGGUGUACGCCCUGGCGCGCAUCGCCAGCCUACUGGAGUACCUGCCCGCGCUGGACACGGAAACGCCGCAGGUGGACAUGGUAGCGUCCUCCCUGCGCGCCGCCAGCAGCCUGGAGGAGCGCCGCUACCUGUUCCACCUGCUGGCGCAGCUCACCGAGGACAAGGCGGCGCUGGCGGCGCGGCUGCUGGACUUUGAUCCCAAGCUGGUCAUCCCUGAGCAGCAGGCCGCGCUGCAGGCCGCGCGAGUCGAGCAGGCGGAGUUUGAGCGGCUGGAGGCGGCGGCGCAGGGCAAGGAGGGGCAGGCCAAGAACGGGGCGGCGCAGGGGCAGCAGAAGCCGGGAGCAGCGGCGGAGCCGGCGAAGGACGGGCAGGCCGGGACAAGCAGCGGCGAAGCCGGGAAGGACGCGGGCGCGGCGUAAGCUAGGAGCAGUCGGAGAAGCGGCUGACGCAUGGUUCGUGAGGACGGACGAGCCAAGUUAGCGCAGACAGGGCCAGUCCCGGGACGUGAACGAAGGUACCAUAUACAACUAACAACUAUCUCGGAUUACAGACAAUGAGUUUCAGGCAGACGUGGACCAAAGUGACUCGCAAGUGGGACAGUUGGGCGAUGUCGGCCCUGUUCUGUUUUGGCCAGUGCUAGCGACUUGUAACCCCUGCAGUCG